AUGAAAAGCAAAAAAAUAAUAUGUUCAUCUUGCUUAUUUUUAAUAUUAUUAAGUGUAAUAUUUUGUAGUGAACCAGAUACAAAUUCAUUUGAUGAAAAUGUAAAGAAGAAUGAAGUUUUUAAUGCUUUAAAUGAACAUUUAGAAAGUAUAAGUAAUAUCGUAAAAGCAAAUAUUAUGGAUGCCCUUUCAAAUAACCCUUCUUUAUUAAAAAAGACAUACGAAGCUGUUGAAAUAAAUGAUGAUGAUUAUGUUCUGGAAUAUGUUGGGGAUUCGACAGGAAAAUAUGGAGAGGGCUCUAUAUUUUAUGAUGAAAGUAAGAAAUAUAAUUAUAGAAAGUAUUUAGAUAUAGAAAAUGAAUUACGAAAUAUGAAAGGUGAAGAUGAUGAUGAUGAAGAUGAUGAAGAUGAUGAAGUUGAUGUAGAUGAUGAAGAUGAUUUAGAUGAUGAAGAUGAUGAUGAGCAUAAUCAUAAUCAUAAUAAUAAUGAUGACAAAUGGUGUGAAAAUCCUGAGAAGUAUUCAAAUUAUAAUAAAAAUAUACACGAAGAUAAGAAAAAAGAUAAUUUGAAUGAACCAUAUUUUAAACAAACACAUUAUAUAUAUUCAUCAAAUCAAGAUAAUAAUGAAACAUCUAGAUUUCCAAAAAAAAAUGUACAUAAAUAUGAUGAAAAAUUAAAUAAUGAAUUUAAAACAUAUUUAAGAAGACAUGAAAAUAAAGAAGAAACAAAAGAAUAUCCUAACAAUGGAUGUUCUGUAGUUCAAAUAUCUAUAGUAACUAAUGAAGAUUUUUUAAAAAAAGUUAGAGAAAGAAAUAAAAAGAGAAAUAAUAAAAAAAGAACAAAUUAUUAUGAUAGUGAUGAAGAAUCAGAAAGUUCAGAAGAAACAAAUAAAGAUCCCUAUUCAUCGGAUCCAUCUACAAUUGAUCAUAAAAAUGAAAAUUGUAUUUCUUACAAGCAAAGUUCAGAUAUUCAUCCAAAUAUAAAUAAUGAAAAUAAUGAUAAACAUAUACCUGUUAAUAAUAAAAAAAAUUCGCAUACUCCUCAUGUACCAAAAGAUACCCAAAAAAAUAUAGAAAAAAAUCAUAGUAACUAUAAUUACAAACCUAUUAAUCAAGAAAAUUUAUCAAUGUAUUUUAAUAAUAAUAAUAAGAAGAAGAAUAAUCAAAAGAAUAAUCAAAAGAAUAAUCAAAAGAAUAAUCAAAAGAAUAACCAAGAUCUUUAUAAUAUAAAAAAAAACAAUGAUCUACCUCAAUAUGAAGAAUCUAAUAAAAUUUAUAAAAACAAAUUUUCAAAUGAACAUGAACCACGUUCGAUGAUAACAACAUACAGAUAUGAAAAUAAAAAAUCAAACGAUAAUUACAACAAUAACUAUAAUUUUAAUGAAAAAGAAAGAAAACUUCUUAAAAAUAUGAUAGACAUAUUUAUUUAUACAUACAAGUUAAAUUAUACAAACAGUAAAUCUAUAUCUAAAUUAUUUAAAAAUAAUUUACUUAAAAAAAACUUCCGUACUUAUUUCACAAAUUAUAUAUAUACACUUUUUAAUUAUGGAAAGACAUAUAAUUUUCUAACACCUUAUAAUAAAGAUAAUGAUCAUAUGUAUAGACAAUUAUUUGAUGAAGCUGUACAAAUGAUGGAUCUACUUAUUAAUAAAAUGGACUUAGCUUUAAAGCACAUGGAAUUAUGA